GCUGUAAUCGGAAACGUCGACAGGAGGCCGAUGGUUCGUCUGUCAGGCUGGAAAAGAACUCAAUCUGGAAGGUUAGCUAGCCAGGCCAAAAACAAAAGAAGUUAUCGCUUAUUCGUAACUUCACAGCAAAUUGUUUUAUACUAAGGAAUUAAGGACUUGAUAGGAUAAACCGGCAUGAAACUACAAAAGCUCUAGGACCCAGGACACCUGAGUUAAGGGAGCAGAGGUCGCUCCCUCUGCCCCACCUGUACCCUGUCCUCCUGGACGGAGUAGACAUGACCACAGGGGAGUGUUGCCACUUACCAGGCUCGCUGUGCGACUGCACUGGCAAUGCUGCCCUGUCCAAAACCGUGGAGGAGUCGGACAACCGGAGGGCACAAUACGUCACUCAGGUCACGGCUAAAGACGGACGACUGCUCUCCACCGUCAUCAAAGCCCUGGGAACCCAGAGUGAUGGUCCGAUUUGCCGGAUCUGCCACGAGGGGGGUAACAGUGAAGGGCUCCUUUCGCCAUGUGACUGCACGGGCACGCUGGGCACGGUACACAAGAGCUGCCUGGAGAAGUGGCUGUCGUCCUCCAACACCAGCUACUGCGAGCUGUGUCACACAGAGUUCACCAUCGAGCGCAGGCCAAGGCCUCUCACAGAGUGGCUUAAGGACCCUGGGCCGAGAAAUGAGAAGCGCACGCUCUUCUGUGACAUGGUGUGCUUCCUGUUCAUUACGCCCCUGGCAGCCAUAUCAGGCUGGUUGUGCCUGCGAGGGGCUCAGGACCACCUACACUUUAACAGUCAGCUGGAGGCAGUGGGUCUCAUCGCUCUUACCAUCGCUCUCUUUACCAUCUACGUCCUCUGGACUCUGGUGUCAUUCCGCUACCACUGUCAGUUGUACUCUGAGUGGAGACGAACCAAUCAAAAAGUGCGCCUGCUCAUUCCUGAUGCCAAGGGUGCCCACUCUACCCAGCAUUCCUUGCUCUCCACAAAGCUGCUAAAAAAGACGUCAGACGAGACCAUCGUAUGAGAUCUGCGGUGUUUCUGGGAGGGUGGGGUGGACGCGACACAUUGUUGGUAUUAAACGUGCUAGAGGUUCUUGAUGCGUCAUGUCAUCAGUUAGAGCCACAGCACAUUUUGGAUGCAUUCUUUUUCUAUUUAGUCCUUUUUAUCUACAUAUGUGAGCACUUCAUUUGUUUUUCUUCCUUUAACUAUAUCUCUCUUUUUAGUGUGUAUUAUUUUUUUUAAGUUUCUGUGAGUUGUUUCUGGUUUUGGAAUGAAUUUAUUUAUUUGGCUACAUGGUGAUCAUUAAGGUCCCAUACCACACAGUGUACUCUCGUAGGGACUCUAUUAGCAGUGGUAGCUGUGUGAGGGGACAAGUCCAGGAAAGCAGGAGUAGCUGCUGAAGCUUAAAACUAAACACUUCUCUAUAUUUGUGUAGCUUCUUUCAGAAUUAUUUACGUCUUGACUGGACAGGAAAUUGGUCAUUGCCAAUUUUUGAGUACUUUCGCACAGUAUAUAUUAUAGAAGCUCCGAUUUUGAAACCGUUGUGGUGAUUUAAAGUGUUACAGGAUGACAGGGCCUUCUUGUGAGGCCUGCUAACAGAAUGGGCUAAAACAGAGAGAGCUAGAAGCUGAUCUCUUAUACAUGCUCCUAUAGAGGAGCAAACACUAAAAUAGGAGUGUGCAAUAAAUUCCUUUCAUUACCAAGUAUGAGGCACAGUGUAUGUCCUCUGGUGUGCUUAGUUUUUCCUGCAUGUGUAAUUUAGAAAAAAAAAAAUUCCAUCCCUUUUUAUUUAUUUUUUUAAAGUAUCUUAGUGACUGUUUAAUCAGAAUCAGCUUUAUUGCCAGGCAUGUUUUCACAUGCGAGGAAUUUGUUUUAGUGACAUGUUAAGUUGCUAUCUGGGAUUUUGUCUGUGGAUCAGCAUCGGCUAUGCUCAGCACCUAGUAAAGGUGAGCUUCAUGCAGGAAGUGGCAUACGGUGGUCCUACAAUGGUAGCACUUAAUCGACAUAAGUAGCCUAGAUAUGUGCUGAUCAAAUGUAGUUGUGUGUAUGCCUCCAGGAUUCAUGGGAAACAUUAUUUUUAUCUUGAGGUCAUUAUUGUGACAGCUGUUUCUUAAUUUAAAACAUUACAGCUACAUGUGGCUGUGUGAAAGGGCAGAAUGUGUUUGUGAGUACAUAUGUGUACACUUUUGUAUCUGUAUUUUUGUUUUUAUAGCAGUUUUACAUUGUUAAAUAUGAUGUUAUUUGGGGACAUUUGUCUGAUAACAGGGGAACAACUAUCCAUUUACACCACUUGAGUACAGAUUAUCGCCCUGCAUGUUACGUUACAAGAAUGAUGUGCAACAUGUCAUCACUUUAAAGGGAAUCUUGUGUCAUGAUGAUAGGCUCUUCUCCUAAUGGCUUUAUGGACACCCUUGACCAAAGUAUGGCCUUUAUGCAGAUAUUGAGGGACCAUCUGCUCCUGAUACCUGGCUCUGUUUAUGUUGGAAACAUUACAAACAUCUCUGUGAUGUCCAAGAAAACAUUUGUCAUUCGACAGGCUUUGUACAUUUGUAGAUACAUUUCAUGUCUGUGUAAGGCACACAGAGCAACAGUUACUGUCAGCCCGUGUGUGUGUGUGUGGGGGUGAGUGAGAGUGGGUGUGUGUGUGUGUGUGUGUGGGGGGGGUGUUUAGAGAGUGUACAUCAGUAAUUGACAGUCAGGCUGUGUGUGAUUCUGACCUUCUGUAGUGCCACAAUUGAAACAAAAAAGGUGCUUUCAUCUGUACAUGGAGUAAAAAAGCAGAUAAAGUUAAAUCCCUUAGAGAGCUGUGUGCAUGGGUCAUCUUGUUUUUCAGUGGGUAAUAGUCACCAGAGAGAUUUCUUGCAAAUUGUAGUCACUUCUUUUCAAGUGUCACAAUCUCCUUAGGACAAUGUUAAGUUUUGGAAAGCGUUGUGCAAUAGAUGAUUACUAAAAGCUUUCAGCAUUAAUUGUAACUUUUAACACAUGUUUUUUGAGAAGAAAACAAAUGUAAAAUGAUCUAUCUGCAGCAUUUACAUACCUGUUGUAUGUCACAGGACUGAGUGGCUUUGGGUUUAAUUAAUUGUUUAUGGAAGCAUCAGCAGCUAAGUGCAAAUUCAUUUCUGCUGCUCGUACACUUGUCUCUCACUGGUGUGCUUCCAUCUUUUUUCUUUCCCUGCCAUUUAUUCUUUAUUUUAGCAAUGUAAGGUUAAAAAAAAAAGAAAAGAAAGAAGAAAAGCUUGAGUGCAAUGUCCGCAAUAUUACAAUGCACUUCUUGCCUAUAACCUUAUCAGUACAUGUAAGAUAAUUAUUCUAUAGAUAUAGAAAUAUGAAGGAUUACAGGACAACAUUCAGACAGGCUGUGGAAGGCAGUGUUGGGAUGUUUUAUUUUUCCUUUGUUUAUCCAUGAGUUUUCUCCACUAUGCAACCUGCAGACUUAAGCAGCCAAAAGCCCUGUGCUUUAUUCUGGUGUUAAUAUGGCUGACCCAAAUUAUUACUUUCAUGCUACCAAGAAAAAUUCUUGCUUUAUUGAUUUAUUUCCUUUUAUUAUUUUUUAGUCAUAUUGCACUUUUACAAAUUUAUGAUCGGAAGCGGCUUAGCUAGCCUUUUCCACUUGACACAUUUCAGAGAGGUUUAACUCCCUCACUGAUAUUAGGGGAACUGGUCCACUUCUUUGUAUUAAAAAAAGUGGUAAAGACCAAUCUCUUGUUUUCUCUAAGAUAAACCUAAGCAAAUUUAAACCUUGUACACAAUUUGUUUUAUUUUUGUCAUCACUGUAUUUUAAUGUAUUCAUACUGUAUGUAUCACUUGUGUUGUAUGUCUUCUUUUAUUCCUUGAGCACCAUAUUUUAAUCACUCUGUCGUUUUUGGGAUACUAUUAUAUUUAUGUUGUGAAGUGGAUAAAGACUGGUGUGUCUGUAUUGUCCUCACUAGAAUUUGUUGGUGCUUGCAAUCAGCCAAGAAAAGUGUGCAAAGCAAAUUAAACAUGAUGCUCUGGA